GUGCUCACAUGGAUGGUGGAAAUAUGCUUCUUGUAAGACAUUGAAAGAUACAUCAAUUCAGUUCACUGCCAGUUCUCGAAGCGUAGAAAACGUAAAACGCGCGAAUCAAGAGAAAAAUUUAAAAGCACACAACAUACAAGUGGCUUAAUAUACAUACAUACAUAUCUAUAUCAGUGUGGUAAACAACUUUGAAGACUAGUUUUCUUACACGACGUUUUUGGCUAAGUACUAAGCGGAAAAACAAAAUGAGAAUUACGUUGUAAAGUAAAAAAAACAAUACAAUAUAAAAAAGCUUAUUCAGUAAGACUAAGAAAACAUUUUUGGAAUUUAUCGCAAACGCAAGUGUGACAAUUACAUUGGCUGCAUGAGACGAAACAAGCAUAUUUUAAUAUUAAAUAUAAUUGUCAAACAACUGUUUAUUAUAAACCAAUAAAGUGCAGAAAAUUCUAAUUGGCGCUGUUUGAGUAGAAAAAGAAAAUCAAAACAAUGAACUGAAAAACCCAGCUGUUAGAUUGGAAACAAUAAUAUUGCGCAAAGUGUUAAUAAAAAAUAAAUAUAAACUUAUACAAAAAACAAUAUCUGCUGUUAUAUACAAAAAAUAAAAAUAGGCAAUAAAAAGAAAACUUCGCUAUACAAGGAGACCAAAUAAAUAGUCAAUCAAGAUGAAUCAAACGUGCAAAGUAUGUGGUGAACCAGCAGCCGGUUUUCAUUUCGGUGCUUUUACAUGCGAGGGCUGUAAGUCCUUUUUCGGCCGCUCCUAUAACAAUCUCUCCUCGAUCACUGAGUGCAAAAACAAUGGCAAAUGCGUUAUUGACAAGAAGAAUCGCACUACCUGUAAGGCUUGCCGCCUACGCAAAUGCUAUGCCGUAGGCAUGUCAAAGGGUGGUUCGCGCUAUGGCCGUCGUUCCAAUUGGUUUAAAAUACAUUGUCUUUUACAAGAGCAGCAACAACAACAACUCGAUGCGAUCAAUAGAUCAACAGCUACAACAACAAAUACAACAAAUACCACAACUGGCUAUGGUGAUAUGACCACGGCUGCUGAAAGUCUCGCUAAACAUCAAAUGCAAUCCUUGAAUCCACAUUACAGUGCCUUAUUCGGUGCUGGUGGUGGUGGUGGUGGUGGUGCUGUUGGUGGUUAUUCCUACAAUGUUAACGAAAUGUUGAUGUCGAACAUCUUUAUGCCUGCACCUACUUUAGGACAUCGUCCAGCCAAUCCUACGAUGCCCUUCUUUAGUAUGCUACCAACACAUCCCGGAUACCCAAUGCUCAUCGCAAAUCAUGUCGGUACGGCUGGUUAUCGGGCACCACCUGGUUAUUUCCCAGAUAUGUAUAGACAGCAGAAAUCUGUUGAUUCCGCGACAAAUGACUUAACUGAUGGAACACCGCACAGGGAAGCAGACAAAUCGAUAAGUGUGGCACAAAAAAUGCGUGAAACACGGCAAGUGCAACCACAAUCUCCAGAGUUGUGUGUUGCGAGCGGCGGCGAUGAUGAUGAUGACUUGGAAGAAGUUGAAUUAAAUGUACAUUCUCCUCCACCCACAGCACCAAUAAAUGCACAAAGCAAUGAACCACAACAACAUCAACCGGAAAUAUUUGGUUCAGUUUCUUUAUAUGGGCAGCGCUUCUCCGCCUCCCCCCUCAGCUUGAACGUGCCCACCACAGCGCUUACGCCUAAUUCACUCGAGUCACAUACACCUGAAACGUUUUCACCCACAUCCAUCAGCAAUGCGCCAACUGUUGCCACCACUGAAUCUACUGCGCUGGCCUUCGCCGAAAAGUUGCAAUCACUCUCACCAGUCUCCGAUUAUUCCAACACCACCGAGAGCACACAUUCCCAUACUAGUUCUAGCGGCAUUAGUGACGCACAAGAUGGCCCCAUAGAUCUCAGCAUGAAGACGAUCAGCUCAACGUCCAGUGUCGAUUGUGAAAUGAGCUGCGAUUUGAACCAGACCGAGGCCAUUCGGAAGUAUAUCAGCUAUCAAAUCGAUUCCGAUAUGUCAUCGGAUAUUAGUGGCAAUGAUGAGAUCGCACAAAAGCGUUCAAAGAGAUCAGAUGAGGGUUAUAGUUCGCUGGGUUAUGCAUCGUCACAGGGCUCAGCAUCAACGGGGUCGGCGGUGUCUAGUAAGCGCGGUAUAUAUAUGUGUGCGUAAACACAGCGCAUCUAGCAUAACCACCACACAUCCACUCGGUACUUGGAAAGGCCGAAGAGAAAAGCUGACGCGGUAGGAGGAGCUCGCUCAAUGGUCUGAGCCUCAAACGCCGGCAUACGGGCUGUUAGUCUCUACUGAUGUUAAGUAGUUUUGUUGUAGUUUAUCAUCCAACGUGCAUGUGGAAUAACGGAAUGCAAAUGAGUGCCGCCAAAUACAUGCUCACGCGUAGCGUUACAAAGGCAAUUGCAAUAGUUAUUGUUGUACAAUACAUUCGCGCCGCGCACUCUGCGUUCACACUCCAACACUUACACACUCCAGUGAGUACUCCAGCUCAACAAA